AUGAAACUACCAAACUGGUUGCCUCACCUUCGUGUUUUACCUGAAGAUGAUAUUAAUUCACAAGUCCGUGUGGAGGAUUCUGACGAAUUUUUACAGAAUUCUUCGGAUAAAAUAUCAGCUAUUGAAUCAGUUAAUAAUGUUUCUAUAGUUGAAUAUUCUAAGGAAGUUAAUCCUGAUUUGAGAAAAAAUGAAUAUGAACUUCAUGAUACUAAAAUAACCUCUACUUCUAACAAAUUAAACUCUAAUAAUAAUCAUGAUACACCUAAUACCACUGUUGAUUCUGAUAACUCUGAUAUUGAUUUUAAAGAUCCCUCAGGUCAAGAAAAAUUAGAUUAUCAAUAUCAACGUACUGAAAUUAUUACAAAUAAUAAUAAUGAUUUGGGAAAUGAAAGUAAAACUGGUUUUAAAAUGUAUUCUUCUGAUGUUACUGCGACAAUGGAACACUCUCCACUUGGCCCAUCAACAAAAAGAGUCCCAUAUGAGUUGCGUGAUGAAGCUAAUCGGAAAUGGUGGAAAUGUUUUGAUGAAUUUGAAUAUAGAAUGAAUAAGAAGGCUGUCCUACCAAAAAGUAUGAGAUGGAAAUUUCUUUAUCAUCCUCGUACCGAUAAUCCAAAGGCUGAAAAAAGACUACUUUUUAAAAUUGAUAUUCUUAUUGCCUUUUAUUUUUUUAUUUUAUGUUGGUCAAAAUCAGUGGAUUCAAAUAAUUUUACCAACGCAUAUGUGUCAAAUAUGAAAGAAGAUUUACAUAUGAAAGGUAAUGAUUAUGUAUACACAACUACAAUUGCAAAUGUUGGCUCCAUUAUCUUUCAAUUACCAUUCAUGUAUCUGUUACCAAGAUUCCCUCCUCAUAUUAUAUUGCCAUUCAUGGACCUUGGUUGGUCAUUCUUUACAUUUGCGUGUUAUAGAGCUAAAUCAUUAGCAGAAAUGCGAGCUUAUAGAUUCAUUUUAAAUGCAUUUGGUGCUGCCUAUUAUCCUGUUUCUCAAUAUCUAUUAGGUUGUUGGUAUGCUCCAGAUGAAAUCACUUCAAGAGUUUGUCUAUUCUUUUUUGGUCAAUUAUUAGGUGGUGUCACUUCAGGUCUUUUACAGGCAAGAAUUUUUGAAAGUUUAAAUGGUAAAUGCGGUCUUGCUGGUUGGAGAUGGAUGUUUUUAAUUGAUGCAAUAGCUAUCUCAUUACCAACCGCUGUAUUAGGCUUUUUUGUAAUUCCAGGUAUCCCAUCAAAAUGUUAUUCAUUGUUUUUGACAGAUGAAGAGAUUAGAGUAGCACGUUUGAGAAAUAAAAUGAAUCAGAUUGUUGAUGGUAAAAGUUCUUCUGAAUUACCUUCUUUGUUUAGUUGGAAACCAUGGAAAGCUGUGUUUUUAAAACCAACAUUUUGGGUCUUAGUUGUAUUUGAUAUGUGUUCUUGGAACAAUAUGACAGCUUUCAGUGGUUCAUAUGCACUUUGGUUAAAAUCAAAUCCCAAGUAUUCUAUUACACAAGUCAAUAACUUAAGUGCAUUACCAGCUGCCUUAGGUUUUGCCUAUGUGGCAUUCUGUUCUUUUGGUGCAGAUAUAUUCCGAUGUAAAUGGAUAUUUAUGGUCUUUGCCGCAAUUAUGAAUUGUGUUUCAUGUGGAUUGUUAAUCAAAUGGGAUAUUUCUUCACAAGCGAAAUGGUUUGCAUUUUUAACAACAUAUUUUAGUGUUUCGGCUUCUCCAUGUUUAUGGUCAUACAUUAACGAUUUCCUAAGAUUUGAUCCUCAAGUCAAAGCUAUUACAUGGAUUGCUAUUUAUUCAUUUUCACAAUCUACCAAUGCAUGGAUCCCAACUUUAGCUUGGCAAACCGUAGAAUCACCAAGAUUUAAGACAGGUUACACAGUUAGUAUUGUAUUUGGUGCCAUUUAUGGUGCCUGGACAUUUGUGGUUUUAUAUUAUUAUAAAAGAUUAGAGAAGAGAAAUGCUUUCAAAAAUGGCAUUAUUUUAUAUAAUUCUGCAAAGGGAGAAAAUGUUCCUGAGUUUGUAGUAAAUGAUAUGGAAGAAAUUGAUGGUUCUUAUUAUUUUAAAAAGCAACCAUCAUAUAUUGAUACGUAA